GACUCUUUCCCUUCUCGUGACUGGUGUUUAUUGGGCCAGAUUCUGGGAAAGGGCCAGAUUGCAUCAGACAGGGCCUGAGAGGCUGGAGUCAGAUUGCAGACUGAGGAGGAGAUGUGGCCUUAUAAGUUGGGGCCAGUGAACUGGGAGAUGUUGGGAAACCAGAUACAAACAAGUUUUAGACUGCGAGAGAGAGAUGGUAAGAGUAAGCUGGACAUGAUGGCCACCUUCCCAAGAGCAGCCAGCCUGACCCAGCAGCCCCCAGGCCCAGAGGAUGAAGACCCCAGCCUGGAUGAGUACAACCUCUACAGCCUGGCUCAUUCCUUCCUGGGAGUGGGAGGCCGGAAAGGUUGUACCAAGAAAGAAGCUGUGGCUAACAUCAACUGCCCCAAUCCCGGGGGGCAUGAGAGGAAGCUGCUGACCAAGCUCCGGAAUACAGAGCGGAAAUGACAAGGGGCAUGGCCCUGAGA